AAUUUUGACUUGUUAAAAUCCUAUCUUUUUGUCCCUUUUUGUAAUUCCAGAACUCCCACAAGAAAAUGUUUGUAAGGUGGAGGAGGACGGGGUUUUCAGUGACCAGCACCUGGAUAACCUGGAGAGGAGCUGCAGCCCGGACCAGGAGGAACCAGGGCAUCCACAGACUACAGAACUGGAGGAAGACUCCAGCGGUCAGGAGAUGAAGCACGAGGACGUAGAGGUGGAUGUCUCAUUGGUCGCUGUUGUGAAAGUUGAAAAUGGUGAACCAGGACCAAACUGUGGCCAGCUGCUGUUGCACACUUCUCCUGAAGCUCAAAACAAAGAUGAGGAAGGGACUGAAAGUUUAAGCUCAGACUCCAGUAAAACUGCAGAUCCGGAGCCAAUGAGACGACAUGGUGACCAGGAAGAUGCUGCUGUCCCGUCAGACAGCAACUGUAAAUCAAAGAUGACCAGGACCCACACGGGGAAGAAGGCGUUUUCUUGCAGCACUUGCAGGAAAGAGUUCAGUAAAAGUCGUAUUUUAAUGGAUCACAUGAUGAUCCACACUGGCGAAAGGCCGUACCUGUGCAACACCUGCAACAAAACCUUUACUAGAUCAUCAUCUCUUAAACGCCACAUAACCAUGCACACGGGCGAGAAGCCCUACAUCUGCAAAACAUGUGGAAAAAGUUACAGGCUACGUUCCCACCUGGUGGAUCACUCGAGGACCCACACCGGUGAAAAGCCGUACCUGUGCAACACCUGUGGAAAAACCUUUACUCAAUCAUCAAAUCUUAAAAGCCACAUAACCAUGCACACGGGCGAGAAGCCCUACAUCUGCAAAACAUGUGGAAAAAGUUACAGGCUACGUUCCCAGCUAGUGAUUCACUCGAGGAUCCACACCGGUGAAAAGCCGUACCUGUGCAACACCUGUGGAAAAACCUUUACUCACUCAUCAGCUCUUAAAAGCCACAUAACCACACACACGGGCGAGAAGAGAUAUUUGUGCAAGACGUGCAACAAAGGUUUUAGCCGCAGAAUUGAUUUGCUGAGUCACAUGAAAAAUCACCCGGAGGAGAAGUCUGGUGACUCGUGACAAAUGAAGCUCAUGUUGUCGUCCUCCGGGGGCAGCUGUCCACUCCUGUCUGACCCACAGAAGAAGAACCCGCAGAAGUCCAACCACCACCUCCUGUGGCUGAUGAGCCUAAUCCCCUCCCCACAAGGGUUGCAGGUUCAACCUGGAUUUAUGCUUCUCCGUCAACUUGACGCAGAGGGAACGAUGUGGUUGUGUACUUUUUUUUUAAAGUUCUGCAUUGAGUUUGUUUGA